AUGAAGCUUCAUUCACCACAGAUUUCUUCCAGUAGUUUUAACACCCCAUCCGUCGCCUUCACGUCUCGAGGACGGUUAAAUGAGAUAAACUUGGUCGCCUUCAGAAUUGGUUUCGCGGGUUUAAGUUUUAUGCACGGAUGGAAAGAUUUUUACUCUUCAACUGAAAGAAAGCAUCGAAAGAAAACGAAAUGGAAAGCAAUAAAUAUUUUCCUCACCGUUUAUCAAACUUUUUCUUCCAUCCAAAUAAUUUAA